UGUAGGGGGUCUAAGAAAGGAAGUUCCAGGUCAGAGGUGAGUUGUGUGUAUCAAAGAGAAGACGUUGCUGGAACUGGCAGUAGAGGAGGUAAUUACAUUUAUUUACUUAGAAAGACAAAGGGAUCUCUACAAGGACGUCAUGAUGGAGAAUCAGCCGCCCCUCACAUCACCGGAUGGAUCCAAUAAUGGGAACCCACCAGAGAGAUGUCCCCAUCCUCUGUAUUCCCGGGAUUCCGCACAAGAAGAUUACACCAUCCCUUCUCAUCAGGGUGAAGAACUGAAAGACAUCAAAAUUGAGGUUAAAGUUGAAAAUGAAGAGAUGUUUGGGGAUCAGCAGUCUAUGGGAGAGGGAGGUCCUCUGUAUUCCCAGGAUUCCACACAGGGAGAUCACAACAUCCCUCACUAUCAUCAGGGUGAGGAACGGAUAAAUAUAAAAGUUGAGGUUAAAGAAGAAGUUGAAGAGACGUAUGUGGGGGGUGAUCAGCCAUCCAUGGAGGAGGUUGGGAUGACUAUAAAAAGAAAGCAGGAAGACAUGUCUCUACUUAUUGACACAGAUGGAUGUUAUGCCAGGAAUUCCUCGGAGAGACAUAAUUUAUUAUUAUAUUAUUGUAAGUCAGAAGAUAAUGUCAUCACACAGGAUCCUCCAGGAGGAAAUCCAAAUACACAAAAUAUACAUCACAGACCUUCCUGUCCGGAGACAUCAAUGGAUCCCUCUGAUCAGGGGGAAUCUUCUCAUCAAUCACAUACUAUGAUUCCAAAUAUCUAUUUAGGAUCUCACACUGCAGGUAGAUCAACAGAUCCUUCCAUUCCCAGGGAAACUUUCUUACCCCAUGAAGGAGUUCACAGAGGUGAGAAUCUAUUCUCAUGUUCAGAGUGUGGGAAAUCUUUCACUCAGAAAAGAAACCUUAUUCAACACCAAAAAAGUCACAUGGCUGAGCGUCCUUAUUCAUGUUCAGAGUGCGGGAAAUCUUUCCUCAGGAACGAUCAUCUUGUUAGCCAUCAGAGAAUUCACACAGGUGAGCGUCCAUUUUCAUGUUCAGAGUGCGGGAAAUCUUUCACUCAUAAAAGAUACCUUGAUGAACAUCAGAGAAUUCACACGGGUGAGCAUCCUUAUUCAUGUUCACAGUGUGGGAAAUCUUUCACUCAUAAAGGCGACGUUGUAAAACAUCAGAGAAUUCACACAGAUGAGCGUCCUUAUUCAUGUUCAGAGUGCGGGAAAUGUUUCACUCAUAAAGGAGACCUUAUUAAACAUCAGAGAAUUCACACGGGUGAGCGUCCUUAUUCAUGUUCAGAGUGCGGGAAAUCUUUCCUUAGGAACGAUCACCUUGUUACUCAUCAGAGAAUUCACACGGGCGAACGUCCUUUUUCAUGUUCAGAGUGUGGGAAAUCUUUCAUUCACAAAAGAUACCUUGUUGAACAUCAGAGAAUUCACAAGGGUGAGCGUCCUUAUUCAUGUUCACAGUGUGGGAAAUGUUUCACUCAUAAAGGAGACCUUGUUAAACAUCAGAGAAUUCACACAGGUGAGCGUCCUUAUUCAUGUUCAGAGUGUGGCAAAUCUUUCACUCAGAAAGGAGACCUUAUUGAACAUCAGAAAAUUCACAAGGGUGAGCAUCCCCAUUCAUGUUCAGAGUGCGGAAAAUCUUUUAUUUUUAAAGGAAACCUUGUUCAACAUCAGAGAAUUCACAAAGGUGAGCGUCCUUAUUCAUGUUCAGAGUGCGGGAAAUCUUUCACUCGUAAAGGAGACCUUGUUAAACAUCAGAGAGUUCACACAGGUGAGCGUCCUUAUUCAUGUUCUAAGUGCGGGAAACCUUUCCAUAGGAAAGAUAGUCUUGUAAAACACCAGGAAAAUCAGUGUAGUGGGGGAGGAGCUGUCGGAAAAAUUGGUGUGAAUGGUGGGGGGCGAACUGUCAGUGAAUGUAGUGUGGAUGUUGGCGGGAGGGCUGUCGGAGAAUGUAGUGUGGAUGGUGGAGGAGAGCUGUCAGAAAAAGGUGAAGAAAGGAUUAAUAUAAAAGCUGAGUUUAAAGAAGAAGAAGAGAUGUAUGUGGGGGGUGAUCAGCCUUCCGUGGAGGUUGGGAUGAUUAUGAAGAGUGAACAGGAGGAGAUUUCUCUACCUAUCGAUACAAAUGGAUGUGAUGUGAGGAAUUCCUCGGAGAGACAUCUUCUAUUAUCUGCUGAUUGUAAGUCAGAAGAUAGUGUCAUCACACAGCAUCCUCAAGGAGGAAAUCCAAAUACACAAAAUAUACAUCACAGACCUUCCUGUCCGGAGACAUCAAUGGAUCCCUCUGAUCAGGGGGAAUCUUCUCAUCAAUCACAUACUAUGAUUGUAAAUAUCCAUGUAAGAUCUCACACUGCAGAUAGAUCAACAGAUCCUUCUAAUCCCGAGGAAUCUUCCUCACACCAUGAAGGAGAUCACCGAGUUGACAAUCUAUUCCCAUGUUCAGAGUGCGGGAAAUCUUUCACUCAGAAAGGAAACCUUUUUACACAUCAGAGAAUUCAUAUGGGUGAGCGUCCUUAUUCAUGUUCAGAGUGCGGAAAGUCUUUCCAUAAGAAAGAUAAUCUAGUUAAGCAUCAGAGAAUUCACUUGGGUGAGCGUCCUCAUUCAUGCCCAGAGUGUGGAAAAUCUUUCACUCAGAAAGGAGGCCUUGUUAAUCAUCUGAAAAUUCACACAGGUGAGCGUGCUUAUUCAUGUUCAGAGUGCGGGAAAUCUUUCCAUAAGAAAGAUGGUCUUGUUAGACACCAGAGAAUUCACACUGGUGAGCGUCCUUAUUCAUGUCCAGAGUGUGGAAAAUCUUUCCGUAAGGAAGAUAAUCUUGUUAAACAUGAGAGAGUUCACAUGGAUAACCAUUCCAAGUCCAGGAAAUCUUUUACUCAUGAAGAAUUGCUUGUUGAACAUCAGAGAAUUCGAAUAGGUAAGCGUACUUAUUCAUGUUCACAGUGUGGGAAAUCUUUCACUCAUAAAGGAGACUAUGUAAAACAUGAGAGAAUUCACACAGGUGAGCGUCCCUUUUCAUGUUCCGAGUGCGGUAAAUGUUUCACACGUAAAGUAGGUCUUGUAAAACAUCAGAAAAUUCACACAGGUGAGCGUCCUUAUUCAUGUUUAGAGUGCGGGAAAUCUUUUACUCAUAAAGGAGGCCUUGUUGAACAUCAGAAAAUUCACAUGGCUGAGCGUCCUUAUGCAUGUUCAGAGUGCGGGAAAUCUUUCACUUAUAAAGGAGGCCUUGUUGAACAUCAGAAGGUUCACAAAGAUGAGCGUCCUUAUUCAUGUUCAGAGUGUGGAAAAUCUUUCCAUCAUAAAGGAGACCUUGUUAAACACCAGAAAACUCACACAGGUGAACAUCCCUAUUCCUGUUCAGAGUGUGGGAAAUCUUUUAUUUUUAAAGGAAACCUUGUUCAACAUCAGAAAAUUCACACAGGUGAGCAUCCUUAUUCAUGUUCAGACUGCGGGAAAUCUUUCACCCGUAAAGCAGACCUUGUUAAACAUAGGAGAGUUCACUUAGGUGAGCGUCCUUAUGCAUGUUCAGAGUGUGGGAACUCCUUCACUCGUAAUGAAAGCCUUGUUAUACAUGAGAGAAUUCACACAGGUGAGCGUCCAUAUUCAUGUUCAGAGUGCGGGAAAUCUUUCCAUAGGAAAGAUAAUCUUGUUAAACACCAGAAAAAGUGUAGUGGGUGGAUGUCUGAACCCAGAGUGUCGGGUGGGUUGGAAUGUUCACCAGGUCAUGGCCGUGCAGAUGAGCAGCAUGAAGAGCAGAUGUUUUUGAAAGUUGUUGUUAAAGAGGAAGAGGAGGAAAUGACUGUGAUGGAUUAUCAGGAGACUACGGAGGAAGUUGGGAUGAUGGUGACAACUAAAGAAGAGGAAUAUUCUCUAGAUAACAGCACAGAGAGAUGUCCCAGUCCUCUAUAUUCCCGGGAUUCCACACAGGAAGAUCACACCAUCCCUCAUUAUGAUCAGGAUGAAGAACGGAUUAAUAUAAAAGUUGUAGUUAAAGAGGAAGAAGUAGAGACGGAUGUGGAGGGUGAUCAGCCGUCCACGGAGGAGGUUGGGAUGAUUACAAAGGGUGAUCAGGAAGAAACGUCUCUACUUAUCAACAGAGAUGGAGGUUAUGCCAGGAAUUCCUCGGAGAGACAUCUUCUAUUAUCUGCUGAUUGUAAGUCAGAAGAUAAUGUCAUCACACAGGAUCCUCCAGGAGGAAAUCCAAAUACACAAAAUAUACAUCACAGACCUUCCUGUCCGGAGACAUCAAUGGAUCCCUCUGAUCAGGGGGAAUCUUCUCAUCAAUCACAUACUAUGAUUGCAAAUAUUAAUUUAAGAUCUCGCACUGCAGCUAGAUCAACAGAUCCUUCUAUUCCCAAGAAAUCUUCUGAAGGAGUUCCACGAGGUGAGACUCUAUUCUCAUGUUCAGAGUGUGGGAAAUGUUUCACAAAGAAAGGAGACCUGACUGAACACCGAAAAGCUCACACGAAACAAACUUUCUCUUGUUCAGAGUGCGGCAAAUGUUUCAAACAGAAAUGCACCCUUCUUAGACACCAACAAGUUCACACAGAUGAGCGUCCCCAUUCAUGUACAGUGUGCGGGAAAUGUUUUAGACAGAAAUGCAACUUCCUUCGACACCAGAAACUUCACACAGGCGAGCGUCCCUAUUCAUGUUCAGACUGCGAGAAAUCUUUCAUUUGUAAAGGAGACCUUGUUACACACCAGAGAACUCACACGGGUGAGCGUCCUUAUUCGUGUUCACAGUGCGAGAAAUCUUUUAUUUGUAAGGGAGACCUUGUUAAACACCAGAGAAGUCACCGGAGUGGGCCUCGCUAUUUACGUUUAGAGCACAGGAAAUCUUUCUCUACAGAACAGAACCAAGAUGAACACCUAAGAAAUUACAAGUCUAGGCGUUCCUAUUUAUGUUCAGAGUGCGGGAAAUCCUUUACUCAGAAAGGACACCUUGAAAAACACGAGAGAAUUCACACAGACAUAAAAGGUGUAAAAGAAUGUAGUGUGGAUGGUGGAGGAGAGCUGUUUGAGAAUGUAGUGUGUAUGGUGGGAGGAGAGCUGUCGGAGAAUAUAGUGUGGAUGAGUUUUCCCCUGGAGAAGUUUGGUGACCAUGUAACUAUUACAGUUCCUCCGCCUCAUUUCCUGAAAAGCAAUAGAAACAAUGAGAAAAAGAUUCUAGAAUUUACCAAGAAGAUCAUUGAGUUGCUGACAGGAGAAGUUGAAGAACUGAAAGACAGCAAAGCUGAGAUUAAAGAGGAAUACAAAGAGACGUUGAUGAGUGGAGCUCAGCAGUCUAUGUACGAACGACAGAUGUAUGUGAAAGCCGAGCUUAAAGAGGAGGAAGAGGAGAUCACUCAGGAAGGUCACACCAUCCCUCACCAUCAUCGGGGCGAAGAACUGAUUAAAAUAAAAGUUGAGGUUAAAGACGAAGAAGUUGAGCCAUAUGUGGGGAAUGAUCAGCUGCACAUGGAAGAGGUCCGGGUGAUUAUGAGGAGUGAACAGGAAGAAAUCUCUCUACCUAUCAACACAAAUGGAUGUGAUGUGAGGAUCUCCUCGGAGAGACAUCUUCUAAUAUCUGCAGAUUGUAACACAGAAGAUAAUAUUAUCACACAGGAUCCUCCAGGAGGAAAUCCAAAUACACAAAAUAUACAUCACAGACCUUCCUGUCCGGAGACAUCAAUGGAUCCCUCUGAUCAGGGGGAAUCUUCUCAUCAAUCACAUACUAUGAUUGCAAAUAUCCAUUUAACAUCUCACAUUGAGUGUAAGAAUCCCUAUUCAUGUACAGAGUGCGGGAAAUCUUUCACUCAGAAAGCAAACCUUGUGCAACAUCAGAGAAUUCACACGGGUGAGCGUCCUUAUUCAUGUUUAGAGUGCGGGAAAUCUUUCACUCAGAAAGGAAACCUUGUGCAACAUCAGAGAAUUCACACGGGUGAACGUCCCUAUUUGUGUCCAGAAUGCGGGAAAUCUUUUACCCAGAAAGGAGACCUUGAUAAACACCUGAGAAUUCACACGGUUUCACGUCCUUAUUCAUGUUUAGAGUGUGGGAAAUCGUUCACUGAGAAACAGGUACUUCUAAGACAUCAGAGAAUUCACACAGGUGAACGUCCUUAUUCCUGUUCAGAGUGCAAAAAAUCUUUUACACUGAGAGGAAACCUGGUUGAACACCUGAGAAUUCACACAGGUGAACGUCCUUAUACAUGUUCAGAGUGCGGGAAAUCUUUUGCACUAAAAGGAAACCUAGUUGAACACCUGAGAAUCCACACGGGUGAGCAUCCUUAUUCAUGUUCAGAAUGUGGGAAAUCUUUCACACGAAAAGGAAACCUAGUUGAACACCUGAGAAUACACAUGGAAAAAUGAAGCAUGAAGGUGAGGAGGGUUGCCAGAUAAUGUAGUGUGGAUGGUGGAGGAGAGCUGUCGGAGAAUGUAGUGUGGGUGGUGGCAGAGAUUUCUGAUGGAAUCAA